CUAGUUUAUUCUGCCAACGAAGAACGCAAAAAUGAGCACGAUCCAAACCCUGCCCGCUCGUUGCUACACGCACGCCGUGCCUUCUUUCCAGCGAUUAGGCGCCGUGGCGCAAGCAUCAUUCCAUGCUUCAUGUCCACGAAGGUUUUGCUUCCAAGCACGAAACCGCUUGGCCAGGCGAGGGACCCACGGAAGUGGCACUUCGCCCGCACCGUCGCUGGUGAUCCUCGCGACAGCGGACACCGCGUCGUCGCCGCAGCGCUGGGACGAAGUGUAUCUAGGGUUGAUGCCCCUGGUGGGGCUAGAGCCCGCUGCUGAGCUGCUCCCCGGGCCACUUGCGCAGCCACUGCUGCUCCACACGUUCGUGGCACUGGCCAAUCGACAACUGCCGGAACAGGGGUGUCUGAUUCUGGACUUCCUUCCAGAGAAACCAACGGACCCCGCCACAGCUGUAUCCCUCGCGACGGGCCUUGGGACAGCCGGCGUGCUGCGGGUGCGGCGGCGGAAAGGGCCCCUCCAGGGCCGUGCGCUUCGCACCAGGCUUGAAACGAGGUUCCAAGAGGCUAGGAGCGACGCUGCGGUCCUGGACGUUGUCGAGCAGCUCAACAGCACCUGGGACACGCGGCUGCAGCUGCUGACCAAUGACUGCCGCCACUACUCGGCCGCACUACUGACGGCGCUCACGGGCCGCAGCUACACACUGGAGGACGUGCAGAUACGGUGAUUAACCUCAUGUCAUGCACUGUCAACGAAGCAUUGUGAUUUGUCUGUGACUAGAGCUGCCUGACCCAGCUGGGGUAGUGGGAUGGCGGGCUGCCGCCGCGUGAGUGGAGCGAGUUAGCGGUUGAGUCAACUGGAGUGGAGGGAAUAUGUUGGCAAAGCUGCCAAAGCAUCAGGAGAAAGGUCUGAAAGUUUUUGGCAGGGGGAAGUGUGUAGCUAUUGAACGGUGCGUGUUGGGUGUGCAUGAAAAUAUGCAUGUGAAGGACCGAACUGUUUGUGGGAGCAUUGCGCAUACUGCGUCACGUAGGCAGGAGUCAGAGCAUGCAUGCCUUGACAGAGACAGGACGCUUGCAGCUUUGGACAGGCGCAUACAUAUUGCAAUUGCAGGAACAGCCAUGUGCAAUUCUGGUACGGUACUAUACUACUAUGUUUCCAGGCAACAUCGAGAGGCCAGAAGUCUGGGGAAGGCUGUGGCUGCACCGCUCCAGGUCCGACGAAGGGGCUGCUUCCAAGGCGAAGUGUAACAAUGUGUACGC